AUAUUCAUAAGUCCGCGCGAAUUCGCAAGCACACAUAUAUAUUUAGCAAGAGGGUUUUGUGCUUUUUUAACCUAAGACUUUGUAAGCUGUGAUGGGUGGCCAAGUGUCGAGAACAGACUUUGAAUGGACUUACACAGAAGAACCUCAUGCAAGUAGAAGGAAGGAAAUUCUAAAAAAGUAUCCAGAAAUCAAGAAACUGUUUGGUUAUGACCCGAAUUUCAAAUGGAUUGUAACAGCAAUGGUGUUAACUCAAUUUGCAAUGUUCUUUGUAAUGAAGGACCAAUCGUGGUUAAUGAUAUUCUUGGUGGCUUAUUGCUUCGGUGGCGUCAUCAACCAUUCUCUUAUGUUAGCCAUUCAUGAAAUUGCUCACAACUUAGCCUUUGGGCAUUCAAGGCCAUUAGCAAACAGGUUGUUGGGAAUCUUUGCCAAUUUACCAAUUGGAUUUCCAUUUUCAGUAAUAUUUAGAGGAUACCAUCUUGAACAUCAUAAGUACCAAGGAGAUGAUAUACUUGACGCAGACAUACCAACCUACCUGGAGGCCAAACUGUUCUGUACGACGCUGGGCAAGAUUGUCUGGGUUGUGCUGCAGCCGUUUUUCUACGGGAUCAGACCAAUGUUUACAAACCCAAAGCCAGCAACGAGUCUGGAGAAAAUCAAUACUGCCACUCAACUUGUGUUUAAUGCCCUAGUGGCUUAUUACUUAGGAGGUAGAGUGUUAGUAUACAUGAUUGGUGGAUCACUGCUGGCAAUGGGUCUACACCCAGUGGCAGGUCACUUCAUUUCCGAGCACUACAUGUUCAAGAAGGGUUUUGAGACCUACUCCUACUACGGGCCUUUAAAUAAGAUUACCUUCAAUGUAGGCUACCACAAUGAGCAUCACGACUUCCCUUAUGUGCCUGGCUCUAAACUGCCUGAGGUGAAAAGGAUAGCAGCUGAGUAUUACGACAAUCUUCCGCAACACCACUCGUGGACGGCUGUUCUUUACGACUUCAUCACAGACCCGGACAUCGGCCCUUACGCCAGGAUCAGACGAAAACAUCGAGGUCUCUCCUCAUGAGGUUGCCAUUGCCAACCUUACACACCUAAAUGUUGCUAGUCUCUCGUUUUGUAUGGCUGUGCCAGUAUAUUUGAAAAUUUUUAGAGUUCAUGUGAUAAUUGGCACACAUCUUAAGUAAAUAAUUUUUUUUUUUU